AUGAUCAGCUUGAACGAAGGUAGCGAUGACGUCAUGAUAUUCUCAUGUGACCAAAGGACGCAGAUGAUUGGUCCAGAAAUUCGAGUGUGCCAGCGCAAUGGAACCUGGACAGGAGGAACAACACACUGUGAGUAGGCUGUGACUGAGGUUUUAUUCCUGCCAUCCAGUAUAAAUAAAGUUAGUUUAGCUUAGGUUUCCUCCUGUAGUAACACUGGAUCAAUAAGGUUUCUCCUCUAGUAACACUUUCCUUACUUGACCUCUAGGGAGGACAGUUUGGAACAGAUAAAGCAAUCCGGUAUAAAUAAAGUUAGUUUAGUUUAGGUUUCUUUCUGCAGUAACACUGGAUCAAUAAGAGAUGAUCCUUACUGGAUCUCUGGGAAGAAUAGUUUAGAACUGAUAGAGCUAUCCAAUAUAAAUAAAGUUAGUUUAGUUUAGGUUUCCUCCUGUAGUAACACUGGAUCAAUAAGAGAUGAUCCCUACUGGACAUCUAGGAAGAACAGUUUAGAACUGAUAGAGCUAUCCAGUAUAAAUAAAUAAAGUUAGUUUAGUUCAGGUUUCCUCCUGUAGUAACACUGGAUCAAUGAGAGAUGAUCCUUAUUGGGCCUUUAGAAAGAACAGUUUAGAACUGAUAGAGCUAUCCAGUAUAGAUAAAGUUAAUUUAGUUUAAGUUUCCUCCUGUAGUAAGACUGGAACAAUAAGAGAUGACACUUACUGGACCUAUAGGAUGAACAGUUUAGAACUAAUAGAGCUACCCAGUAUAAAUAAAGUUAGUUUAGUAUCAGCACAAUCUUGUAAAAAUGAAUGAUGUGUUUUAGGUAUAGGAGAUAUUUUACACAAAGAAGGCUCUAUGAUUCUUAGAGGCCACAACGAGUACAGACAAAGUCUGCUAAACUUCCUUAAACCAGUUCAAGCACUCGAUACUAAAUGGAAGCUCUGUUACCGAGCCAGCAAGGAUGGAUGGUCAGCGUUCAGCUUCCACGGUGCAUGCGGAAACAGAGAGUCGACCGUCACCAUUGUGAAAGUGGGACAGUACAUAUUUGGUGGUUAUUCAGACACCAAGUUUGGAGGUAGGUACUAGAUUAUCUUAAGACAUGGACCAUUAUAGAUAAAGAGAUAAAGAGAGGAUUUUCAAAACAAUGAAAAGACAAUAGAACAUUCUGAUCACUGGAUCAUGACUGGAUGGUAUGGAGAACAGUGGCAUUUUCAAAACAAUGAAAAGACAAUGGAACAUUCUGAUUACAGGAUCAUGACUAGAUGUCAUGAAGAACAGUGGGAUAUUCAAAACAAUGAAAAGACAAUGAAACAUUCUGAUCACUGGAUCAUGACUGGAUGGCAUGAAGAACAGUGGGAUAUUCAAAACAAUGAAAAGACAAUAGAACAUUCUGAUCACUGGAUCAUGACUGGAUGGUAUGGAGAACAGUGGGAUUUUCAAAACAAUGAAAAGACAAUGGAACAUUCAGAUCACUGGAUCAUGACUGGAUGGUAUGGAGAACAGUGGGAUUUUCAAAACAAUGAAAAGACAAUGGAACAUUCUGAUCACUGGAUCAUGACUGGAUGGCAUGUAGAACAGUGGGAUAUUCAAAACAAUGAAAGACAAUGGAACAUUCUGGUCACUGUAUCAUGACUGGAUGACAUGGAGAACAGUGGGAUUUUCAAAACAAUGAAAAGACAGUGGAACAUUCUGAUCAUAACUGGAUCGCGGUGGAAGUGUCACAGAAAACGCCCGUAGAUUAUAGAUGAUAGAUGAAUAAACUUAUAUAAUAAAGAAUCACAAUAUAAACCGAAAGUAACAAAACCCCUUCCCUUUUAGUGCCAGUUCAUGAAUAUCACAACCGCUACAACUACCAGACGAAAGGCCGUAACUGCCAUCGAAGUUCUAAAGCAUUUAUAUUCUCCCUGAAGAACAAGGACAGUCUCCCUCCGUUUCAAAGCCGUCCAUUCCAAAACUAUGGUUAUGCAAUUUGUGCCGAUGCAAGUAAAGGAGUUCAGUUCAGUAAUGAUAUAAAAAUAAGUGAUUUUGCGGGCAGUAACACAGGGUCGAGUAGCUCGUUUGGUUAUACAUACAGGCCGCCCUCUGGUUAUGAUUACGAUGAGGCCAAGACGAAAGGAUUGCUUGCUGGAAGUGCUAGCUUCACCCCUGAUGAGAUUGAAGUCUUUUUUGAACAAUAA